AUUCUAUCGCUCAUUCUUCCCCACUGCCAAUCAUCUUUCCCUCAUUCCAUUGUUGUUUCUUUGUUGGCGGUGGCUUUGGCAGACGAGAGAUCAUUGUUUUCAGGGGUGGCGGUGGUUGCCCAAGAGGCUGUGAAGGAGGUAGAAGAAGCAACGACAGUGACAGAAAGAGCACGACCGGUGGCUUUAGAGGGAAAUUAUCCAUUAAACUGUGAUUUGUAUAAAAAAUAGAAGGCAAAGCAGCAACAACAAUCAACCAUGGUAGUGGUGAAAGAGGGGAAAGCAGAGGAGUUGCUUGAGCUCUUCUUAAAGAUCGGCUUGGAUGAACGAACGGCGAAGAACACCAUCGCUAACAACAAGGUCACCACUAAUUUGACUGCUGUCAUUCACGAGGCUGCUGUUGCUGACGGAUGUGAACGAAGAAUCGGGAAUUUACUUUACACUGUUGCUACAAAGCACCCGGCAAAUGCCCUUGUUCAUCGCCCAACUUUGCUGCAGUAUGUUGUCUCCUCCAAGAUUAAAACACCAGCUCAGUUAGAAGCGGCAUUUUCGUUUUUUGCAAGUGUUGGUGCAGAGAAUUUUAAAGUCGAUGAAUUUGAAGAAACCUGUGGUGUUGGGGUUGAAGUUUCUGUGGAAGAUAUUGAAAAGACGGUUAAUGAAGUCUUUGAAGAGAACAAGAAUUCAAUUUUGGAGCUACGUUAUCGAACCAAUGUGGGUGAUUUGUUUGCACAUGUUAGGAAGAGGCUACCAUGGGCGGAUCCAAAGAUUGUCAAGCAACUCAUAGAUGCUAAAUUGUAUGAAUUACUUGGUGAAAGGACAGCAGCAGAUAAUGAGAAGCCUGCAAAGAAGAAGGAGAAAAAGGAGAAGCCUGCAAAAGUGGAGGAUAAACCAACCGCGGUUGAGGCUCCAGCACAGCCGUCUGAGGAAGAGCUCAAUCCAUAUUUGAUAUUCCCUCAACCAGUAGAUAAUAUCCAGGUACAUACGGAAAUACCUUUAAGUAAUGGCACUGUGUUGAGGUGUUGCAAUUCGAAGGAGAUGCUUGACAAGCACCUGAAAGUGACAGGGGGAAAGGUCUUUACUCGCUUUCCUCCUGAACCAAAUGGUUAUCUACACAUUGGCCAUGCAAAGGCAAUGUUUGUUGACUUUGGUUUGGCAAAGGAGAGAGGUGGAUGUUGCUACCUUAGAUAUGAUGAUACAAAUCCGGAAGCUGAAAAAAAAGAAUAUAUUGAUCAUAUUGAAGAAAUAGUCAAGUGGAUGGGUUGGGAACCUUUCAAGAUCACUUACACCAGUGACUAUUUCCAAAAUUUGUAUGAUUUAGCAGUGGAGUUGAUACAGAGGGGUCAUGCUUACGUUGAUCAUCAGACUCCUGAAGAGAUUAAGGAGUAUAGGGAAAAGAAGAUGAAUAGCCCUUGGAGGGAUAGACCUAUUGCAGAAUCAUUGAAACUGUUUGAAGAUAUGAGAAGAGGCUUGAUUGAAGAAGGUAAAGCGACACUUCGGAUGAAACAGGACAUGCAGAGUGACAAUUUUAAUAUGUAUGACCUCAUCGCUUAUCGAAUUAAGUUCACUCCUCAUCCACAUGCAGGAGAUAAGUGGUGUAUUUAUCCAAGUUAUGAUUAUGCUCAUUGCAUUGUGGAUUCUAUAGAAAAUAUUACACAUUCGCUGUGUACACUUGAAUUUGAGACACGUCGUGCUUCGUAUUACUGGUUGUUACAUUCAUUGGGUCUUUACGAACCUUAUGUGUGGGAAUAUUCUCGACUGAAUGUUUCGAACACUGUAAUGUCUAAGCGCAAGUUAAAUUUCUUGGUGACAAACAAGUAUGUUGAUGGUUGGGAUGAUCCCCGUCUUAUGACACUGGCUGGUCUACGGCGUAGGGGUGUGACUUCAACCUCAAUCAAUUCGUUUGUUCGAGGAAUUGGAAUUACUAGAAGUGAUUGUAGUCUGAUUCGUUUGGACCGUUUGGAGCAUCAUAUAAGAGAAGAACUAAACAAAACAGCGCCUCGAACAUUAGUUGUGCUAAAUCCUCUCAAGGUAGUUAUUACCAACCUGGAAUCUGGCUCAAUUAUGCACCUUGAUGCCAAGAGAUGGCCUGACGCUCAAGCAGAUGAUGCAUCUGCUUUUUACAAGGUUCCAUUUUCAAAUGUUGUGUACAUUGAGCGCACUGAUUUUCGAAUGAAAGAUUCAAAAGACUAUUAUGGCCUUGCUCCUGGUAAAUCUGUCCUACUAAGAUAUGCUUUUCCUAUAAAGUGCACUGAAGCAAUUUUAGCUGAUGAUAAUGAGACUGUUCUUGAAAUCCGGGCUGAAUAUGAUUCUUCCAAAAAGACAAAACCAAAGGGAGUUCUUCACUGGGUUGCUGAACCUUCCCCUGGUGUUCAUCCACUUAAGGUUGAAGUCAGAUUGUUUGACAAAUUGUUCAAAUCUGAGAAUCCUGCUGAACUUGAAGAUUGGCUCUCUGAUCUGAACCCAAAGUCCAAAGAGGUGAUUCAUGGUGGUUUCGCUGAGCCAUCACUUCAUACUGCUGUUGUUGGGGACAAAUUUCAAUUUGAAAGGCUAGGGUAUUUCACAGUUGAUAAGGAUUCCACUCCAGAAAAACUUGUCUUCAAUCGGACGGUCACACUUAAAGAUAGCUACAGUAAAGGUGGCAAGUAGGACCCUGGCAAAUCGAAACCUGUGGCAGAGAAAGAAAUGGGGCAAACUGUAUGACCAACUUUUUAUAUGUUCAAUGUUUUAUAAGUUUUGUAAAAAUUCACCAGUUAAUACAAUAGCUUUUACUUUUACCAGACCAUUAGAUAGAUAGAUCAAAUCAAUUAUACUAAAUAUUGUAAUGGGUUGAAAGUUUUCCGGAAGUUCAGAUGUUUCUUUCUUUUU